AUGUCAAUAUUUUGCAAUUUUAAAGUAAUUUAAUCAGUCCGGUUUUAUUCGUGAAACCGAUGUAAUGGCCGAUAUACAGGAAAGUGCAUGGAAGUCAGCAUAUGAAGGUUUUGUAACUAGUAUUGAAAGCGCCAAACAGGUUCUGAGAGACUAUGAAGAGGAGACAUCAAGUAAAUUUAUUGUAAAAAAGCAGGAACAACUAUUUGGUGUGGGCAUUGAAGAAUUUAUUGCUGACCCUCCAAAGUCGACAAGGGUUUACUUUCAAAGCGUAAACCUAAAAAGCAGGAAAGGUGUCUGUAUUGAUUUCGAUGGUAUCCCUUACAUACACGUGGCAGUGAAGACAUUGGAAUGCCACCAAGGUCACGAUAAGCAUGCUAAAGAAAAAACAAAAUACCAAGAAAAAGUGGAGCGUCAGCAGGCUCAAGAUCACAACUAUAAAACCGUAAGAAGGUACCAUGCUCAAAAGACCAAAAAGUGUAACUGCCCCGCAAUGGCAUACAUAUCUCAMGUACUCAAGCUUCCAAGUUAUCAGAUUGAUAAAAACACCGAGUGGAAACGAAAGCAAGCCUCAGAGUCUAUAAGACAUGACAUUGAGUGCGGUCAAAAACUCAUCGGUGAAAUGCGAUUUUAUAUUAAGCUCCCAAAAGAAGAGGAACAUAGUAACCACUUGAUGGGAGAGGCGGCUGGAAUUAGAGAGCCCGUUGAUGAAAGGAUCAUCAAAAAAAUAGAAGAACUCACCAACCACUCCGUAAGGAAGACAGCCGAAAUGAAAAGGCAUUUAGAAAUUUUUAUCGCAUCGGACUUGUUCCGGGGACGUCGUCCACCCGCUAAGACAAGACGACGCUACUAUCCAACCAAUAAGGACAUCAACAAUAUUAUGCAAAGAGUGAAAGCGGCCAGUCGACAUUCAAAGUUGGACCAGGAAAAUUUGGACCAACUAAUUUCUGAAUGGCAAAGUAGGUCCCCCAAUGACAGUUUCUUUUUUCGUCAUUUCAAGCAAAAUGAGUCGGGCGAAACAUCCGAGAAGUUGCUCUUUCUUUACCAGAGCAAUGAACAGAAACGGCUCCUUAAUGUAUACGGAAAUCAAAUGUGCCUUCUCGAUGCCACGUACAGAACUACCAGAUAUGCACUACCCUUGUUUUUUCUGUGCGUGCGCACCAAUGUUUCCUACGAAGUCGUAGCCUCUUUCAUUACUCAAAACGAAGACAGCGAGAGUAUUGCCGAGGCUCUUAGAACUCUAAGGGAGUGGAAUCUGGAAUGGAUGCCCCAAUAUUGCAUGGUAGAUUUUGACACUGCUGAAAUCACAGCAUUGGAGGAAGUAUUCUCAGAAAGCACCGUUCUUUUGUGCGAUUUUCACAGAGAGAAGUCAUGGGGAGAAUGGCUAAGCAAAAGUGACAAUGGAAGCUUCAUUUGGAAAGCGAACGCCAAGUUGAGAGAUUGGUUCAGCAACACAUGGCUCCCUGAAAAAAAACGAUGGUGUCAAGCAUAUCGUACUGAAGACUUCAUUAUUGCCGUACACACCAAUAACGGCCUUGAACGGCAGAAUGAAGCCUUGAAGUAUCAGUACUUAGAGGGUUAUAGAAACUGCACACUAAGCGAAAUGUUGACAGUCCUCAUUAAUCGAUUCCUCCCUGAUUCGUACAAGGGGUACUUGACAAAGAAUGUACGUGGUAGCGAAGGGUACCGUUUAUACAACAAGGACCUUCCAGCCUUUCUUCAGAACAGACCACCAUCUAUGGUUGACCAUAUAAGGAAAAACUGGCAAACAGCCUUGUUCGAAAAAGAAGCCCUAAAAGUUACCGACAAGAAKGGUGAUGGCCAAUUUACUGUUGUAAGUGCAUCAAGCAACAAAAAGAAGUACACUGUAGACUUUGGAACCUCAAAAAAAUUCCCUUCGUGUGAAUGUGAUGACUGGCGAAGAAAUAGGUUACCAUGUAAACAUUUUUGCGCAAUCUUUCAAAACACUGUUGAGUGGGGAUGGGAGAGACUAAGUUCUUCAUACACGACGAAUCCGUUAUUCUCAUUGGAUGCAUUGUGCCUUAAAACCAAAAAGGACGAAGAUCUCCUCCAGGAAAACUUAAAUGACGACCCACAUCCCGAACAAUUCACUAUCGAAUUAUCCCCAAUCUCCCCAAUCUUGGACGAGCCCGCACAAGUUGGCGAAAACCAUUUAAUUGAUCAACCAUUGCCACCAAGGAGAAGACACAAGAAAACAAUGGAAAUAAGCAGCUGUAGAAUUAUGCUAAAAGAAAUUUUAAGCGCAUCAUACCUUAUUAAGGAUGCUGAUGCAAUAACACAGUUAAAACAACUGAUCGAGCAAUUGCAUUCUGUGGUAAAGGGGUUGCUACCCAAUGAUAAUGGGCUUGCACUUGGAAAAUCACCAUCGCCCAAAAAGGCUAAAAAGAGGAAACAUCUGUCUAAUAAUGAGAUUGGUCACGAACUGCAAUUAAAGAAGAUKCGUGGCCCAGGCCGACCAAAGCACAAAUAUAGUGGAAGGGUGGGAAAGAAGGCCGACACAAUGAKGAAACUUUAUAAGACGAACGUAAAAUUUCCAAAAACACAGGCUAAAAUACUCCAACCUGGAUGCAAAAACUGCCCUAAAGAACAUCAUAAGAUUAAUACCACCAAUACAGAAACUGGUUCAACCGCCUCUACCACCAGUGCAACUAACCCAGCAACGACCUCUACCACCAGCACGACUACACCAGCAACCGCCUCUACCAACAGUGCGAAUAGAGCUGCAACCGCCUCUACCACCAGUGCGACUAAACCAGCAACGACCUCUACCAACAGUGCGAAUAGAGCUGCAACCGCCUCUACCACCAGUGGGACUACAUCAGCAACAACCUCUACCAACAGUGUGACCACAGCUGCAAUGACCUCUACCACCAGCGCGACUGCACCAGCAACGGCCUCUACCACCAGUACGACCAGGGCAGCAACCACAUCACCCAUCUCUACCAGCUGUGCRACUACAACAACAACCUCAUCUACAAGCGGUGCAACCAAAUGUACAGAAACCAAAGCAAAUGCUAGUGCUUAUGCCACAAAAUUCAGCUCACAAAUACCAACUGUAUAUCUCAAAGGAUCUUUUCACCAAGGAAGUAAAAAAUUUUGUGUAGAGACAAGAGGGACUCAAUGCACCACUAACAGUUUAUGCUUUUUGUUAAGCACCUCUCAUAUGCCCCUUCCAGAUACAGCAAGCAACAAUUUUGUGGAUGGUAUACUUUUAGAGGGUGAUAAGAUGCAUUACUUUCUUUCUAAAGCUAUAGGUAAACUAGGCAGUCGCCUCUCACUUGAAGAAAUCAAAGAUGUAACAAGUCACCCAAAACAUCUUAAAGGCAUUGAGAUUGACUUUGGGGGAAUAAUAUCAGGAGACAUAUUUGGGUCAACUAACGAAUUGCCAUUCCACACUUUGGAGCAUGCCAUACAGGUUGUUUUAAGCCAAAAUACUGGUGGACUUCUACGAUAUCUUGAAUACACUGUUGCCCUCACCUUURACCAUGGCAAAAUCUUGUUGUUUGAUUCACAUGCAAGGAAUGUGAAAGGCUUUGUCGACCCAAAUGGAACAGCUGUAGUCUUGAAAUUUUUAAAAGUUGGAGAUGUGGCAGAAUAUUUGAGAAGAUUUGUGCUGUAUAAAUGCUCAACCACAAUGUCUGAAGUACACAAACUCAAAAUCACUGACAGAUCUUUUGAGUUCCUUCCAGUAGAUGUGAUCCUUCUCAAAGUUGACAUUGAAGAACAUUCUCAAGAAAAGCCUAAAGCUGAAAUAUCAGGAAUUAAAAUUUUGACAAAUGACUUGAACACUUUGAGGGAUGGACAAAAGCUGAAUGAUGAGAUUAUAAAUUUCUACAUGGAACUUAUCAAUAAAAGAAACAGGAAGACUGACAAGCUACCCAGAUGUCACUGCACAAAUACCUUUUUCUUCAAAAAACUUGCAAAGGAUGGAGCCAGUUCUCUUUCUCGCUGGGCAAAGAAGGUAUGUUUGAUUUCCUAAAUAAAUUUAAAUUAUAGUACAUUAUUUUUUUACUAAACAAAAUCAUUAAUUUUGAUCAUAUUAUUUCUACUUGAAASAGAUCAAUAUAUUUUCAUUGGAUAUGUUGCUCAUUCCCAUUAACUGGGAUAAUUCCCAUUGGACACUUGGAAUCAUAGAUUUUGUAAAACAAACAAUUUAUCACCUUGAUUCACUACAUGGUACAAAAAGGGAGUACUUUACCAACAUAAGGUUGUUUCUAGAAGAAGAGUCCAGAAGAAACAAAAAAAAUAUUGACUUUUCCUUAUGGCAAGAAAUCUCAAGAAAGGACAUCCCGAAGCAAACAAACAGUAUUGAUUGUGGAGUGUUUGUGUGCAUGUAUGCAGAAUAUUUGACCAGAGGAGACAUUCCCACAUUCACUCAGGAUGACAUACCAGUAAUGAGAACAAAGAUCAAGUCUGACAUCAUAAAUAGAAGCAUUUCUUGAUAAUGGGCAGUUGACCUUCAUUUAUGAUUGUAUAUAUUAUUUACAUGA